AUGCCCUCCACCAGCAACCCAUUGCAUGUUCCUGUCGCAAUUGUCGGCAUGGCAUGCCGCUUCCCAGGCGAUGCCACAUCGCCAUCCAAGUUUUGGAAGCUUUUGCAGAAUGGGAAGGGUAGGUCAUGCUGGUUGCGCUAUCACUUAAAGCCAUUCAACUAACAGAGCGAAGAUGCUUACUAUGCAACAACAAACCGCUAUAACGCGGAUGCCUUCUACCACCCGAAUGCUGCUAAUCGACAAAAUGUUUUGGCUACCAAAGGUGGCCAUUUUCUCAAGCAAGAUCCCUAUGCAUUUGAUGCCGCUUUCUUUAAUAUUACAGCAGCGGAAGCCAUGUCAUUUGAUCCUAAACAACGCACAGCCAUGGAGGUUGUGUAUGAAGCUUUGGAAAACGCCGGCAAGCCUCUAAGUCGAGUCGCUGGCACCCAGACUGCGUGUUACAUUGGUUCCUCAAUGAGCUACUAUCGAGAUGCUGUUGUACGAGACUUUGGACAUAGCCCUAAAUACCAUAUUCUGGGAACCUGCGAGGAGAUGAUCUCUAACCGUGUCUCCCACUUUCUGGAUAUUCAUGGUCCUAGUGCGACUAUUCACACAGCCUGUUCAUCGAGUCUUGUAGCAACUCACCUUGGUUGCCAGAGUCUACAAUCUGGAGACUCAGAAAUGGCGCUUGUCGGCGGCGUUGGUAUGAUUAUUAGUCCAGAUGGGAAUAUGCAACUAAACAACUUGGGAUUCCUAAAUCCCGAGGGCCAUUCGAGAGCGUUCGACAAAAUUCAGGGGGCUAUGGCCGAGGAGAGGGCUGCGGGAUUCUUGUCUUAAAGCGACUGGAUCGUGCUAUGGAAGACGGUGACUCGAUUCGAGGAGUUAUUCGGGCCUCUGGUGUCAAUUCAGACGGGUGGACGCAGGGUGUAACAAUGCCUUCGAGCGAAGCACAGGCAGCCUUGAUAAAAUAUGUUUAUACAUCACAUGGGUUGGAUUAUGGUUCAACGCAAUACGUCGAAGCCCAUGUAACUUAAAUAAGAUCCGAAGCGUUAAUGUGAGCUGACUACAGAUUAGGGUACAGGCACGAAAGCUGGAGAUCCGCAAGAGGCGGGGGCAAUCCAUAGAACGAUAGGACAGGGCGCUACAAAAUCACGCAAGCUAUGGAUUGGCAGCGUUAAGCCAAAUGUAAGUGUAUCACUCAUUAACGUUAAUGUGGCUAAUAUUCAACAUUGGGCACCUCGAAGCUGCAGCAGGUGUAGCCGAUAUCAUCAAGGGGGUUCUAGCUAUGGAAAAUGGACUAAUCCCGCCAAAUAUCCAUUUCACGGAGGCAAAUUCUGCUAUUCCACUGGAUGAAUGGAACAUGGCUGUUCCUACGAAGCUGACCCCUUGGCCAAUUACCCAAGGCGAACGGCGUAUGAGCGUCAGUGGUUUUGGGAUGGGAGGUACCAAUGGACAUGUCGUUUUAGAGUCGUUCACUCCUGGACGUAGGAAACUCAUAAAUGGCACACUCUCGAUAGGCCACCACGCCCAUAACCCUAAUUUCCAGACCAAUCGACAUAGCAAGAAACGGUUGUUUCUGAUCAGCAGCCAAGAUCAGGCUGGCUUCAAACGUGUAGGUGACUCACUGGUUGAGCACUUGGAUAGUCUUGGCCCCGUCGCGUCGACGCCGGAAUAUCUGGCCAAUCUUGCACAUACCUUUGCAGUAGCAAGGUCUGGCCUAUCUUGGAGAGCGAGUAUACUGGCUGAAAGUGUAGCUGAGCUACGUGAUAAACUUUCAACAGAACCAGGCGCAAAUGCCACUCGAGCAGCAAGUAGUGGAUCACGGAUUGGGUAAGUCUUGACUCGUAACAAGAAAUAUCAGAUGUACUAACUCUACGAUUCUUAAAGGUUUGUUUUUACAGGACAAGGAGCUCAAUGGGCUCGGAUGGGCCUCGAAUUACAGGACAGGCCGGUUUUCAAGGAAUCUAUAGCAAAAUCUGCGAAGGUCUUGGAAAGUCUCGGCUGUGAAUGGGAUAUAAUCGCCGAACUAGCUAAAGGCAACGAUGAAUCUCGUCUCAGCAUACCCCUGCUUUCACAACCCAUUUGCACAAUUCUACAAGUUGCAUUGGUCGACGAAUUGAGGUUCUUGGGUAUAAUGCCGUUGAAGGUUAUUGGCCAUUCAAGUGGCGAGAUUGCUGCAGCUUAUGCUAUUGGUGCUCUAUCCCAUGAGGAUGCUGUUGCAAUCGCUUACUUUAGUGGUAAAGUGUCGGCUGGACUAACAAACCUCAAAGGAGGCAUGAUGGCUGUCGGAUCGUCUCCAGAAGAAGCCCAGAAGCUGAUUCUUGAUGCCAAACUCACUACUGGCACUGUUACUGUCGCUUGCGUCAAUUCGCCUUCUAGCGUCACACUUUCAGGUGAUGUAGCAGCACUUGAAGAAUUGAGAGCCAUCUUGGACGAACGUGGUGUGUUCGCUAGACGGCUGAAGGUUGAGGUGGCCUAUCACUCUAGCCAUAUGAACUCUGCCAUGGCUGAAUAUUUUUCGUUGAUUUCCCAUAUUCAGCCUGAAAAAUCAUCUCCAGGGCAGCCUAUCCAAAUAUCGAGUGUUAUGGGUGUUGAGGUAGACUCUGAACUAUUGGGUCACUAUUACUGGGUUCGCAACCUCAUCUCGCCAGUGCUUUUUGCCGACGCUAUUAAAGAAAUGGUUAUGCCUUCCGAUGGAGAUGGAAAGAACACCAUUGACCUAUUGUUAAAGAUUGGCCCUCACAGUGCCCUCAAUGGACCAAUUGAACAGACUUUGGCUCACCAUGGUAUUAAGAACGUUGCUUACACCUCAGCGCUGAUUCGCAACGAAAACUCACUGGAUUCCAUAUUGAAACUUGCUAGCGAGCUGUCACUUCAAGGCGUGUCGUUCGACGUGCAAAAAGCCAACGGAGAUUCAAAUUGCAAACUUCUCACUGCUCUUCCCCCAUAUCCAUGGUAAAUAUGACAAUCUUUAGGCCCAUUAAACUAUAAGCUGACGAGUCCACCCGUCAUACAGGAACCAUUCGAAGAGUUUCAGAGCCGACUCUCGCAUCCAUAGGGAGCUUAUCAAUCAAGAGUUUCCGACCAGGAGCUUGAUUGGGGCGCAGCUUCCUGCAAUGGCUGAAAACUCAUACGAGUGGCGGAGCUUCAUCCGACUUUCAGAAGAGCCUUGGCUCCGUGGCCACACCGUUGGUACUAUUGUUCUAUUUCCAGGAGCGGGAAUUUUCAGUAUAGUCUUAGAAGCCACCCAACAACUCGUAGACAAGGCAAAGACAGCCCGCGCCUUUAGGUUGCGUGAUGUUAACCUCUUUGCUGCUAUGGCUCUUGUAGAAGAUCAGGCUACCGAGGUCAUUAUUCACUUGAGAUCGCAUCUCGUUGCUACUACUGGAUCCACACAAACUACCUGGUGGGAGUUCACGGUCUCUUCAUGUGUUGGCACAGGCCAAAUGAGAGACAAUGCAAGAGGCUUGGUCACAAUCGACUACAAUGAAAUUCAAAGUCAACAAAUGGAUGUCGAGGACGCCAUGAUUCGUACCGCACAAAUUGCUGACUACCAUCGCGUUCUCCAAGACUGCCCAGAGACUUACUCCAAGGAUAGAUUUUAAAACCAUAUGACCAAAGCAUCGUGGACUUAUGGCGAGCUCUUCCAAGGGGUGGAGAAUUGCCAUCCCGGAUACGGCAAGACAGUUUUUGAUAUCAGACUUGUUGAUAUCGGGGAGACAUUUAGCAAGGGUCAACUUGCACGACCAUUUCUAAUGAAUGCUGCAUCCCUCGAUGCGGUAUUCCAGAGCUGGCUCGGAGCUACAUACAAAAACGGUGCCUUCGAGUUUGAUAAACCUUUUGUUCCAACUGCUAUUGGCGAGUUGGAAAUAUCCGUUGAUAUCCCAGCCGAUGCCGACUAUGUCAUGCCAGGAUUUUGUCGUGCAGAAGGUUAUGGAUUCAACGAGCUAUCCGCUGACAUCGCCCUUUUUGAUAAAGAUAUGACGAAGGUAUUUUUAUCGGUGAAAGACUUCAGAACGUCUGAGUUAGAGAUGGAAUCAGGCAAGCCUGACGGAGAAAGCGUUGAGGUUGAUCCAGCCGACAUUACAUCCGAAGUCAAGUGGAAUUACAAUAUAAAUAUGCUGGACACCCACCAAAUCAGUCAAAUCAUGAGCAGGUUUCCAGCUCAGGGAAGGCUCACCGAGGUAACAACCAACCCAAUCUUUUAACACCAUUUUCCAGAGUGCUUUCUGCUAACGUCGGUGUAAUGAAAUAUAGCUUGUCCGUAUGAUACUCCACGUGAAUCCAGAGAUAGCAGUUACAGAGUUGAUCUCAGAGGCCAAUGAUCGUAUAAAGGCAUCUGUAGCACAAUUGCCUGACGGUGCCUUUCUCCCAAGUCGUGUACGCUAUGCUAUUCCAAUUACAAUACCUGGCGACGGGGCCAAAUUUCAGUGCCUUGAUGGGGCUGGUUCUACACUGCCUGUGAAUGAGGCUUCUGCUGACCUUUUAAUCGUUUCGCUUGGUGCUUCAGACUCAGAGACGCUCGGAAGCCUCCUUUUGUCGGCAAGUCAGCAACUGAUGAAACGCGAAGCCUAUAUCAUCGUUACUGCCAACAAUAAUGCUACUGCUUCAUCUUUGGUAGACAGGGGUUUCAAUAUAGUGUCGAACAUUGAUGACCACAACUCUCUUGCUCUGUACAUACAUCAAGAACCAAACCCGGAAGUAUUGUCGCAACAGCCAUCGGAUCAGGAGGUUGUUAUUAUCCAGCCAGCGACAGCAACAGCGGUUUCUGGAGAAUUUUCUGCGGUAUUCUACAAGUCUCUACAGCACCAAGGCUACAAAGUUCUCUCCAAAUCCUGGAACGAUGGUAUAACGGCGUCGGAUGUCAAAGGCAAAAUUAUUGUAUCCCUACUAGAGCUGGAGCAGCCACUUCUGGAUAGAUUGUACGAGCAUGACUUCGAAGGCUUACGAACUAUAGUUUUGAACUCUGAGAGAAUCCUCUGGAUUAGUGCUGGCGAAAAUCCUGCACUUGGAAUGGUGGACGGGUUUGCAAGGUGCAUGAUGAGCGAGAAUGCUGGUAUCAAGUUCCAGCUCUUGCAUCUUACCGCGACAACAGGAUUAAAAGAUGGCCCAUCUCUUGUAACCCGCAUCCUUAGCACAAACAGCGUUGACAAUGAAUAUCGAGAGUUGGACAGCAUCCUUCAAGUGGCGCGCAUUUUUAAAAAUCACAAGCAGAACGAAAGUAUCCGCCAUCACUUGGAAGACUCCACUCGUCUUGAAUCUUUGGCAGAAGGGGAUGAAGCUCUCCGGCUCACCAUUGCGAAGCCUGGUCUUUUGGACACUUUAAAGUUUGUCUCGGACGAGCGUAUGCUACCGUCACUUAAUGAAUUCGAGGUUGAAAUUCAGGUGAAGGCGACGGGAAUCAAGUAAGUACAGCGUGAAGUCCUUUGUUGAUAAAAGAAAUUCUAACCUGGCUUGAUUGCUUGUAGUUUCGAGAUAUUAUGGCUUGUAUGGCUCUGAUUCCCGUUAAAGCGCUGGGUCAAGAAGCGAGUGGGGUAAUAGCGAGAACAGGAAGUAAGGUGACCGAUUUCAAGGUUGGUGAUCGCGUUAGCACUAUAAGUGUUGGAAUACACGCAACGAGGAUACGAGUCGACCAACGUGGCCUCGCCAGUAUCCCCGAUUCUCUUUCUUUUGAAGAUGCAGCGGCAGUCGGUGUAGUACACAUGACAGCAUAUUACGCUUUUUCCUGUGUAGCAAGGCUCCAGAAAGGACAGUCUGUUUUGAUACACGCUGCAGCGGGAGGUGUAGGGCAAGCGGCAAUCCAGUAAGUUUCGUCAUAUACCGUUGGAUUCAAAUGUGACACCUCUGACAUUACGAUUUUCCUUAAACUAGCGAAACAUCUUGGCCUUACCAUCUAUGCUACUGUUGGAACAGAGGACAAGCGCGAACUUAUCGUCAAAGAGUACGGCAUUCCCGAUGAGCACAUUUUCCACUUGCGAGAUGCUAGCUUCGUAAAGGAUAGACUUUCCCCUAGCUAUGUUACCACCACUUCGUAGUCUAAUUACCCAACAGGGAAUUAAUCGAGUCACGGGUGGUCGUGGCGUCGAUUGUAUACUCAAUUUCUUGUCCGGUGAGCUCUUGAGGGCCUCCUGGGGUUGUCUUGCGACAUUUGGAAACUUCAUUGAGAUUGGUCUACGUGAUAUUACAAACAACAUGCGCCUCGAUAUGCGGCCUUUCCGGAAGAGCACUACGUUCACAUUUAUAAACAACCAUACCCUAUUCGAAGAAGAUCCUGACGCCUUCUAUGAUGUGUUUCACAAAACUUUCAAGUUAACAGAAGAAGGCAUUCUUCGGCCUCCAAGCUCUGUGAUGGUAUAUCCAGUUGGUCAAGUCAAAGAUGCCUUCCGGACCAUGCAACAGGGCAAGCACCGUGGUAAACUAGUUUUGUCAUUCGCAGAUGAUUCCAGAGCCCCCAUCCAACGAAAAGCCAAGGACUUAUUGAAGCUGGAUCCUAAAGCUACAUACCUUUUCGUUGGAGGCUUGGGUGGUUUGGGCCGCAGUCUUGCGAAACAGUUCGUGGCGUCAGGAGCUCAGAAUAUCGCGUUUCUCUCACGAUCUGGUGGUACUACACUCCAGGUAAAAGCUGUCAUUGCCGAACUCUCGGCUAUGGGGGUACAGAUCAAGGCGUAUUCCUGCGAUAUAGCUGAUUCAUCAUCCUUCCAAGCAGCUAUGGCAGAAUGCGCGCAAGACCUUCCACCAGUCAAGGGUGUUAUUCAGAUGGCCAUGAUACUACGGAACAUUGUUUUUGAGAAGAUGUUUUUGAGAAGAUGUCAUACAACGAAUGGACUAUUCCUUUAGGACCAAAGGUGCAAGGAACAUGGAAUCUCCAUGAAUAUUUCAACCGCGAGCUCCCGUUAGAUUUCAUGAUUUUCUAUUCCUCGAGUUCGGGCAUCUACGGAUAUCCUAGUCAAGCACAAUAUGCUGCCGGAAACACAUAUCAAGACGCUCUAGCCCACUACCGACGCUCCCAAGGUCUGAAGGCCAUUUCGGUAAAUCUUGGUAUCAUGCGAGAUGUUAGUGUAUUUGCGGAAUCUGGCACCAGUGGAAAUAUCAAAAUCUGGGAAGAGGUCCUGGGAAUUCGCGAACCGGCCUUCCAUGCUCUUAUGAAGAGCUUGAUCAACCAGCAAAUGGGAGACAUUCGUAGCGAUUGUCCUGUGCAAGUUUGUACUGGAUUGGGUACCGCUGAUAUUAUGGCUGCCCAUGGUCUUGCCAAACCGGGGUAUUUCGAAGACCCACGUUUUGGACCUCUUGCUGUCACCAGUCUUGGUAUCACUGGCUCAGCAGAGACCCAAGGCUCUUCUGAAUCACUUGCUGCAAGACUCCACAAGGCCACUAGCAUGGAUGAAGCAACUGAAAUCAUUAAAGAGGCGUUGGUCAACAAGAUAGCUGAUAUCCUCCAAAUGCCAGCUUCAGAAGUUGAUCCGAGCCGGGCGCUAUAUCGCUACGGAGUGGAUUCCCUUGUAGCGCUUGAAGUGAGGAAUUGGAUCACAAGAGAAAUGAAGGCGAAUAUGGCAUUGCUGGAAAUUCUAGCAGCUGUGCCUAUUGAAAGCUUUGCUGCUAAGAUUGCUGAGAAGAGCAAAUUGGUUACUGUGCUUUAG